AUGUCUAUAGCUAAAAAGAGGUUAGCACAGGAAAGAGCAGAAUGGAGGAAAGAUCACCCCGCUGGUUUUUCUGCAAAAUAUAGCCCAAUGAAUGAUGGAAAAGGUCUGGAUAUUAUGAAAUGGAUUUGCAAAAUACCAGGAAAAAAGGGAGGUCUCUGGGAAGGAGGAGAAUUUCCACUGACCAUGGAAUUCACAGAAGAUUACCCUAGUAAACCCCCCAAGUGUAAAUUCACCACUGUAUUGUUUCAUCCGAACAUAUAUCCUUCAGGAACCGUAUGUUUGUCUAUCUUAAACGAAGAUGAGGACUGGAAGCCCUCCAUAACAAUAAAACAGAUUCUCUUAGGAAUUCAGGACUUGUUAGAUAAUCCUAAUCCUAAUUCGCCUGCACAGGCAGAACCAUUCCUUCUAUAUCAGCAAGAUAGGGACUCAUAUGAAAAAAAGGUUAAAAAACAGGCUAUGGAAUUUAGACCAAAGGACUAA